AUGGGGGCGGCAGUUGCGGCAGUCGAGCAACAAGCGAGGCGGACACCGCCCACAAAAGAAAGAGAGACAAGUCAACCACACACAGAGCUGCAUGCACGCCGUAGACCGCAGUGGAGGGCGAGGGAGAGAGGGGGCGGCUCUCUCGCACGGCGUCGUGUCACCCCCCACUCGCCGUGUCUUGGCGUGCCGCUCGCUACACCGCUCGCCGGCACUCCCCCGGCGGGCCGCCGCGAGGGCAGAGCCGCAUGCAACGGCAAGGCAGCCAAGCACCACAGCGCCCCCGCACCGGAGGAAGGUCAGGCGCGGAUGCACCCGCGCGAGGGAGCCCCCUUCAGGGCGUCCACUUCGCUGCGGUGCCUGCGGUCGUGCAUCGCGCCGCAGCAUGCGCCGCGCCAUCGCCGCGGAGCGGUCGGCGGCUCUCUGAAGCUGCGCGCGUUGUCCCUUGCCAGGUUCCCCAGGGAGCGCCUGCGGCCGGUUGCUCACCCGCCGCAACCGCGACCGCUCCGCCUACACCCGCCGCGAUGCUCCCGCGUCACUCCGCGCCCGUCUUGCGGCGAAGUACAUGCAAGAGAGAAGGCGCGCGACCGCGCAGCCGCUCAGCCACGCCGCCGCGCCCGUGGGCCACUGCGACUCGAGCACCGCCUGGUGCUGCGCCAAGGCAUCGCCAGCCCCUGCGGCCUACGCCUCCUUGCAGAGCCGCCCAACAGACGCGCGGCCAAACCGGGCCCCGUCGCCCGCGCCCUUCGCGGCACGUGA